AUGCAAAUUUAUUCACGUGACAAGGGAACCAAAAUGGCGAUCAACUUGACCAAGAAUCGCGAUUCUCUCUUGAACACAUGGAAAAACGUCUUUGAUGACACUCCAGACGUCAACUGGUGAGAUGUAUGGCUUUGCCAUACUUUUCUUUUUUCACUGUAAGAUAAUAUUCCCUCCUUUAUCUUUAGGGCUGUAUUUGGUUACGAUGGGAAGACGAAUGAUCUCAAAGUUGUGGAGACUGGAGGUGAGGAAGUGAAUGUUUUCACGGAAAUCUCUCCCUUCUUUUCCUUUUUGAGACAAUUUGUUCAUUUAGUUUCUUUAGAAGCAGGCUAACUUAUGGAGUUAGAGCGAGCGAUAUAAGUAAGAUUAAGUUUCCCUUUCGCAUACUUGCCAAAGUAGCGCUAUUAAAAAAAAAAUGGGUGUAUUUUGACAGCGAAGUGCAUGAGUAACAGCUGUGUACGCCUAAACAGUUAACGUCGAUUUAUCCAACUUAAAUUCAACUAGUAGUGUAAUGAAUACUAUAGAUUUUUCAUGUUGCCAACACAAUAAUUAUUUUGGAGUGUUAUUGUUACAAAGUUAAAAUCACUUGAUUUUACUUUCAGUGUAGUAAUAUUCAGCAAUCAGUCUGCUUCAGUUCUAGUUCGGAAGUGCGGAUGUAAUCUGUCAUAUGAAUCGUGCCCUGGUUUCUCUUAAAUGUUAUUUUAUGUGCUACAGUGCUACAUGUAAUGUAUAAAAGAUUUUUUUUUUUACUAGGUCUUGUCAAGUGAGUAAAGGUGUUGCUGGAACUGGGUGGGAAAGAGGGGUUGGUGAUCGAGGGAGCACUAAUACAAUAACAACAACAACAACAUAAGCUUUAUUUGCAUGACUAUAUGUGGUUACAGUAUUGGAAAAGCUUUAAGAUAGAGUUACAAUUUAUACUAAUGAUAAUACAAUGCAAUUAUUACAAUGGUCAAUCAAGUGUUGGAGUAUGAUUUGAUAACCUCACUUUGCCUAUCUAGAACCCUGAGUCGUUAAUAACAGAGUAUUCAAUAUUAUUCGUCUUGAAUGGGGUGUGUACCUUGGUGGUUCACCACGGGCCAACACAUGAGGUUUGAUCUGUGUUUAUAACUGAAAAAGCUCAUUGACUCUCCAAACUUAAAAAAAAGUAAAGUAGAUGUUCUUUUGUGAUCCCCAUAAUUAUUAUUCAGGCCACAAAAAAAGGUCUCUUCCUUCAAACAUGGUCAGAUACAUGUAAUGAACUGAUUUUGUCUUUUAAAAACAGGAUCUGGGUUUGAAGGCCUUGGCAUCAACGCUCCACCAAAACUUUCUUUCAGUUCCCCCUCCCCCCCACCCUCCUUUGGGUGCUGGGGGUGGAAUACAAUGUACUCCGUUAUAGUAUUCUCCACCCUACUUGUAGUAUUAGUGUAUGAAAUAAGAUGUUUCCAGCAUACUAGAUAAUUCAGAGGCAUUUUCUCAGUGCCUUGGUACCACUUCGCCAUUCUGGGUUUUCACUUGACAUAAGCUAUAUAAUAAUUUAUACUUGUAUUUCAGAUGGCGACCUUGAUGAAUUAGUGGAUGAACUCAAUGAAGGAAAGAUGUUAUAUGCUGCUAUUAAAGUAAUGGAUCCAAACACAAACCUCCCUAAAAUUGUCUUCAUUAAUUGGGUAAGUUUGAUUUAUUUCUUCCUAGUCUAGUUGAUGUUAAAGAUCCUUGUUAAUUUAAUUCCUAAGCUUGAUAGUUUCUCAGUGUUGCAGAUGGUUACAAUCACUAAAUGACAUAAUACAAAAGAUUGAAUAGACAGUGAAAAAUACCCACACCACAAAAUGAUAUACAGAAAAACCCUGCGUACAAGGACAUGGAUUUUUUAAUUUAGCCUUAACAGAUUUUUAUAUAAAUGGUACUUAGAGCAAGUUUAGACUACCAAGGUUCUUGAAAUAGGUUCUUAUAUUUUCAUAUGAAUUUCAUUUAAAUAUAUUAUAAAUAUCAUCUUAUAAUACAAUAUAAAUCAUUUAUACCAUAAUACCUAAUAAUAAUAGUAAUACCUAAUGGCAGUAGAGUGCAGGUACUGUCCUUAACAAAAUGUUAUGUCAAGUUACUUUUAAAUAUAAUCAGAUGAUCUAAAUUCAGCAGUUUCUACCUAUACACUUUUACAGCAACUCCACUGAUAAGAACCUAACUUAAAAUUUUAGCCUUAAUAGGUUCUUAUGUGGCUUAAAAUGAAAAUUUUAGCCUAACAGGUUCUUAAAACUCAGGUUCUUAAAACUCAGGUUCUUAUACGUGGGGUUUUACUGUAUAGCUAACCAACAAUAGUUAAUUCCACAACACCAAGAAGCACCCCCUAAGUUCUACAAUGGGGGACAAAAGAACUUGGGACUGUGUGAAAAAGCCCUUCUAAGUAAUUAUUACAUAGGACCUUGCUCCUAACAACAAUUUUUGGUUUGACUUUGGGUUCAUCCUGUCGUCCCCCUACUCCCCCCAGCAAUGUUGUGGCCAAAAAAAGAACUCGUUUCCACCCAUUUUGAGAAAAAUUCCACUUUGAUUGGGGUGGAAGGGGAGGAGUCGCUAGUUUUAGUAAUAUCAGUGGAAAGGUCCCAGUGCUUUUGACCUCUAUUAUAGUUUACAUAUAAACAUGAUUUCUGACAGUUUCCUUCAAGCAGUGUUUUGUUUCUUGCAGCAAGGUGAGGGAGUACCCUCAUCAAGAAAAGGUGUAUGUGCAAGACAUGUGCGGGAUGUUGAAAAUUUCUUUAAGGUCAGUGGUUCUGCCGACUCCGCUGCUAACCUCAUGGGGUUCUGAGAUUUGAUGUCUUGCUCUUUUACACUAGUACCGGCCACCAGUCAACUCCAUCCACUUUCCAGCCCUUAAUUAAUUUAGAGCACCAACCACCUCUUUUGACAACUUUGUAUGAGUUUUUGGUUUAACUUGCUUGUGCUCCGUAAUGCAUAUGUAAGUGUGGGGUCAAGACGACUAGUUAAGUUUAAUGAAGAGAGACAAAGUUGAGGCUGUUAAGAAUUGAAAAAGAAGAAGAAGAACAGAAUGCCAUUAUCCAGCCAUCUUGACUGAACAUGCUUUGUCAUCAAAGAAUUUAAUUCACUUUUGGCCAAAAGAAUUUUUUUUACAGUAAGUUACAAAGUGCUUAAUUUUGAACAAGCAAUAUACAUAACUUACAUGUGGGCCCAAUUCACCUCCUUGGGUAGCCAAUCAGGGUAAGCUGCCAGCCAUAUAAUAAAAUGAAGAACAUUUUCAUAUCACUUGUAAACAAAGCUGAAAAAAUGGUUAUGCUAGAAGAAUACAUUGAAAAAAGUUGAAGUCUGUUAAAGUCAGUUUGUCUUAAAAAUCUAAAGAUUUUUGUAAACUUAAUCCUGGGAUAUGCUCAUUCAAUUGGACUCACUCAAUAGACUCAAGUGAGUUUUAAACUGGCUCCUCAUGUUCACUUUUACAUCAGGUGAUUAAGAGCUACUCUGGUCUCUUAUAAAAGUGCAAGUCAUGUAUGUUUCUAACUUAUGAUACUGCCGAUAUUGGAGAAUUUGAUUGAUCAUUGCGAGGUGACAAUCAAAUAUCAAUCACUGUCACAUGGUCUCUGACACCCUUAAAAAACAUGGGUUGCCUGUGUUUAUGAUUAAUGAUGUCCUUUUAGAGAGUUAGAUAUUUUGUUCUGCUUUUAGGGAGCCCACGUUACCAUAAAUGCAAGGUCAAGUGAUGAUGUUGAGGAAAGCGUUGUCCUUGAAAAAGUAAAAAGUGCCUCAGGUAUAAUUAUGUGAAUAUAAGCUAGACUGAAAUAUCUGACUUGAAGGUGCUAAUUUGAUUGUAACUUGAUGACACAGUGUGGUUUUCUGUUUAGGUGCAAACUACAGUUUUCAUAAAGAGAAAGCAAAACCAGCAGAACCCAUUACUCCUGUAGUAAGUAAAGUACAAAACAGUGAAAGUUAAUUAUGCAGACUGGGUAAUGGGAGUCAGCUUUUGAUUAUUUUCUAAUUGGGAAUGCUGCACAACUGAUCACAAAGCCACAAGAAUUUGUACAGUAAAAUCACAUAAUCUGGACAAAAUAACAAUAAAAAUGAAUUGCUCAAUACAUUCAUUAAUAAAAUUGUAAGACAGUUUUGCUUUAGAAAUGUAAUACAAAUCUUUUGACAUUUUUAGUAAGGGUGGAGGAAAGACUGUCUGACAGGUUCUUUGCUUGGGGAGGUUGAAGCAAGCAACAGUGGGACUGGACAAAACUAAGUGUGGCAUGAAUUUAAUAACGUAUAAAUAUUAAAUCACAUAUUAAGUGUUAAUGUCCUUUUCAGCUAGUUUCAACUUACUUAGCUUGCGAAUACAGUCUUCUCUCCUCACUUGUCGCUGUAUGACAUGUUUUGUGGCAGAGAUGCGUCAAUUCGACCCAAAGGUUUGAUACUGUUGAUGCAGACUUGUCCGAAAUGCAGGGGCCAAAUCGCAGAUCCCUCUCUUGCAAAAAGACUUGCGGAGCAAGGAGAGGCAACUGUAUUCACAGGCUACAUCCUACUGUAUUAUUGUGUCUAAAAUAUUUACAUAAUUGUAAUAUAAAUUUUUGAAAAGAAAGAAUUUUUAUUGACAGGGUUCUGUAUACCAGAAAGUUAAAGUACAGCAAGAAAUUAAUGUUCAAAAAAGGGAUGCAUUUUGGUCUAAAUCUGAGGUCAGUAUGAAA